CAAAGGUGACUGAAGAAGUGAUUCUGCUGAAGCUGAAGAAAGAGGAGAGACGAUUGAGCCGAGGAGACUUGUGAGAAAGAAAAGAGGAUUUAAAAAAAAACAUGACAAAGAGGAAGAAAUAUUUCACAACAGUCUAGAGAGAAAAGCUAAAGACAAGAAAAAGAGGCACGAAAGUGAACAAAGCGAGAAUAGUGGUGGUUUUUAUCGGUUUGGACAGAAGGAAGAAAAAGUGACUGACAAGGAAAAAUCAAUUGAACAUUAUCAUUCCUUCCAGGAAACACUGAAAGAACAUCUAGCUGCUGUCCUACAGAAAGAUUCAAGCUCCUCCUCCUCUUCCUCCAGACCCUCAGACCUCCAGACAAGAUUCACAUUAGACCUUUGAGUCCUCGCUCUGUUGGUUAUUCAGUCCAUCUGUUGAUCAGCUGAUCAGUUUUAUUUGAUCACUUGAUUGAUUCUUCGGAGGAAAAUGACCACCAACUCACCGAAAGACAAGUAUUUCGGGGUAUGGCUGAUUUUCUUCAUGCUUGGUUUGGGAACACUGCUGCCGUGGAACUUCUUCAUGACUGCCACCAAGUACUUUACCAGCCGUCUGAAGGAUUCUUCAUCGAUUAUUUCUUCAGCCAAUCAGACGGAGGCAGCUGGUGAUGGUCGCACUGUACUUGAGGCCAUAUUCAACAACGUGAUGACGCUCUGUGCGAUGUUACCACUGCUGAUCUGCGCGUGUCUCAACUCCUUCCUGCUCUCACUAAUCUCGCAGCGUCUGCGUGUGAUGGGCAGUCUCAUCGCGAUCAUGCUCAUCUUCAUCAUCACCGCUGUCCUUGUGAAAGUUCCUCUAGAGCCCUUCACCUUCUUCUCUUGUACCAUGGUGAAGAUCAUCAUCAUCAACUCCUUUGGGGCUGUGCUGCAGGGCAGUCUGUUCGGGAUGGCUGGAUUGCUCCCGACUUCAUAUACGACUCCCAUCAUGAGCGGUCAGGGACUCGCUGGGACCUUCGCUGCCUUUGCCAUGAUCUGCGCCAUAGCAAGUGGUUCUGAGCUUCAGGAUGCAGCGUUUGGAUAUUUCAUCACAGCCUGUGCUGUUAUUUUUUUGUCCAUUCUCUCCUACAUCCUGCUGCCUAAACUGGAGUUUUUCCAGUUUUAUCAGGAGAGAAACCGGAAGCAGAUCUCUGAGGAUCCGAAUUCAAUCAGCCUGGUGAACAGAGAUGCAGCAGAUGAUCAGAUGAAGUCUCAGGACAUCUCCAUGGUGAAAAUCUUUAAAAAGAUCUGGAUCUUGGCACUGUCAGUCUGUUUUACCUUCACCGUCACAAUUGGCACCUUUCCCGCCAUCACCGCCGACACCAAAUCCACACUUGCUGAAGGCGGCUCCUGGGACCAGUACUUCAUCCCUGUCAGCUGCUUCCUGCUCUUUAACCUGUGUGACUGGAGUGGGCGGAGCUUAACAGCCAUCUGUAUGUGGCCAGGAAAAGACAGUGCAAUACUUCCUGUGGCCAUCGGGUGUCGUCUGGUCUUCAUCCCUCUCUUCAUGCUGUGCAACGUUCAGCCUCGUGCCUACCUGCCAGUCAUUUUCCAUCAUGACUGCUUCUUUAUCCUCUACAUGAUCCUCUUCGCCUUCAGUAAUGGGUACCUGGCAAGCCUCUGUAUGUGCUACGGUCCAAAGAAUGUUCUUCCUCAUGAGGCAGAAACAGCUGGAGCCAUCAUGGCGUUCUUUCUCUCUCUGGGCUUGGCUUCAGGAGCUGCUCUCUCCUUCCUUGUUAGAAUUCUGGUCUAACUGGGAAAAUAUCAGGGAACAAACACUUUUACUGCAGGAAAACUGAAAAUCAAAAGGAGCUGUGUGCGCUGGUUUGAUUGGGAGAAAACCUUCACUCGGUGGUUGACAGCUCUUGUAGCUCAACAGCAUCAUCUUCAUCAUCUUCUAUUUUGUCCUGAUGGAGGUGCUGCAGGAUGCUCUUCACUAUUUAUUGCACAAACAUGAACAUUAUUUGUAUGGAUUCAUUAGAGACAUUUAAUGAAGUUUAACGGGUUAAAAGAUCUUUGACUUUCACGUUCAUCUUCUUCACGGAGGUCUUAGAGCUUUAGCAUCAGGGAUUUCCACAGAAACUGGGUUUAGUUGAGUUGAGAGGUUUUAUUGUUAUUUCAGAUAUUUACAAGUACAUAAUGAAGUACAUAAUGAAACAAAACAAUGUUCCUCCAGGGACCAGCAUGCAGCAUAGAACAAUUGUGUUGUCCAGAUUGCAGGGUUUUAAUGAAAGAAGACUAACUUGUGAUCAUUUGAAUGAAAGGGUUUCUCUACUGACAUUAAUGAGAAAUUACUUGAUUCACACACUCAUGUAAGUAAUCAGAUUACACUGAAAUAAUAAAAAACAAAAUAUAGUUUACCAGUGAAAACUGCAAAGUAAUAAUUUGACAGUAAAGUAUUAAAAGGAACCACAACGUCAUUGAUUUAGCUCACUCUGUUUUUAUCAUGUUAAUGUUGUAAUGAGGAAAAGCUGUGGGUUUAAUGUGGAUCCUAAUAAAUUAAAAUUGCACUGUGUAUCUGUGGAAGUCUUUAUAAUUAAAAAAAACAAAUUAUAAAAUAAAGGACAAUAAUAAAACCGUUUUUGGGGUGAGCUCAUGUGUCAAAAAUGAGAGCUGAAAUAAACAGACUUAAGCACGACUGAAAGGUCUACCGAGCUCACCCCGUCAGUGAAUGCAUCCUUUAAUUACUCUGGCACAUAUUUUCCAGUUUUCAGCUUCUUUACUGUCUCUUCCGUGGCGCUGCUUAUGGAGUAAAUGAUAAUGAUUCUCUUCACAUAUGUUUCGAAUGAAAUGGGUCAAAUGUCAAAAUAAUGUUGAUUAUACUUUCCACACAAAACAUUUCAAACUGAAGUCUGUCAAAGGUCAAAGUGUACAUUACAGCAGCUGCUUCCUGUUCGGAGAGCUUUAACAUGAAUGCUUAGUGAUCAUUUUGAAUACAUGGUCAUGGUCGGGCACAUGGUUCUCUGCCGGUUCUUGUUCCUAGUCUCACCUGUCUGAUCGCAUCACCUGCUGAACUUUUCAUUUCAUGUUAGAAUUUAUUUGAUUGAAAAAUGAAAAACCUUCACAGAAAA